GAGCAUUAUGUGCUUUUGACGCACCAGCUGGCCCCAGCUGCCUGGACCUGAGAGGCCCACUUCUGGCAUUUGAGGUUACCGUGGCCAAUCAAAAUGGCUCAAUUGACAAGGCGGAUCGAUCAAGCACGGUUUAAUUUCUCAGCGACAACUUCCGAACGGCCAUCCAUCACAACACACCCGCUCAAUCCUCCUACCACCAGCCAUUGGACCACUGCAGCGUCAGCUCUGACCGCAAUGGGUAUCUGGGACACCAUCACCGACUUGGUCGAGGCUGCCACGCCUUGGACCACGGCCGAAGCCGAAGCUCCGCAGCCCGAGGAACAGGAGUCCAACGACGAGCCCGCAGAGGAAGAGGAGGGUGGCGAGGACGAGGAAGAAGAGGAGGAAGAGGAUGACGAGGAAGAAAUCGUGGAUCCUAAGGAGAAGUUUGAGGAAGAGUGCAAAGAGUCCAAGCAAUGUGCACCUGCAAAGCACCACUUUGACGAGUGCGUCGAGCGAGUCACCCAGCAGGAGGAAGACGGAGGUGCCAAGGAGGACUGCGUCGAAGAGUGCUGUUCCAGUCUUCCACCUUGCCCACUGCGCCACCCAAUGUGCCGCUCCCAAGCUCUGGUCGGUCCUCAAAUAAACGACGUGGACGAGCAACCCAUCUUACGACUACCGGCGCAUCAUAUGGAUAUAUAUGGUUUGUAGAACGCAUCGCCGGGAGGUUCCUCAAGAAGGGAGUCCUAGCCACCACCACGCAACUUUGGUGGCACGGUGGUGGUUAUGUAACACGAUUGCGGCUCGCAUGAUGGCAUGGAAGACAAUAAAGCUCAAGCAUCGCCUGCCUCUGUACCAUACACUGCAUCAAAAUCACACUCUUAGAUCAUUAUUACACGAAUACUCGCUGUCGUUGGUCCGGAACAGUGAUCUGUGGCAGGGGAGACCUGCUACAUCUAACAUGUCAACUUGAUAGUCCAAGCCACCGAGCUAUCGCCGAUUGCAAGGUUUUCAUACUUCACGACUCACUGGAAGUCGGUCCUUGUCGACCCGAAGUGGAGCUGGUAACCAUUGUCGCAUUGGGUAACUUUACUCAGGCGCAUGGGAUUCGACUCGAUCACGUCUUCUGGUUUU